AACACAACAGCACUUUCAUCAUGGAUGUCAAAUAAACGUCCACAAUGGCUGACACACGCCCACCUGACAGAAACCUGGAAGCCUGUAGGACAGAUCACUCGGAAGACCUUUAAAGACAGUUGUCUGUGUUUCAUCAUUGUACAAUGUCAAGUUCCCUCAAGCAGCACAUCACCUCUAUGGUGAAAGAAAUUAUUCCACUUGGUACACCGCGGCACAAUUUAGAUGCCACAUCACAUCCUGUGCCAGGUCUUCCAUCUCUUGACCCCUCUGAGAAGACUCUGGAUGUCUCGAGCUCACUGCCUAAAAGCAUUGUGUCCAGCAAGGGCUCUGAGUCCACUUCAGCCACACACAAAACCUCCCAUAAAAGCUCAAGGACAGAACAGGACAGUUUUAUGAAUUCUACAGUUGUUGUGAAAAAACUACAGCCUAACAAUGGCAACAUCAACUCCAGAAACAGCUGCUCUCUAUCUUCCAUGGAUAAAAAGAAUCUCCUGCAAAAGUCCAGUUCUUAUAACAGAACCAGAGACAUUUCGUAUGCUCUCUGUAAGGAGCUGAAUGAAAACUUGAGGGUUAGAGGAGGUCUGUUUCAGUCAGAAAGUGCUGUGAAAGCUCGGAGACAUACACUUCCUCACUCAUCUCACAGACGAAGUCCUGAGAGGCGCAAUUCCUGCUUAUUCCAGCAGAGACCUAGAAACUCAUCCGGGCAAUUCACCCAUCACCCUGAUCAGAAAAAAGACAGAAUGGAUAAUAAAGAUCACAAAACAUCCAUAAAGAAGGAGUUGAACACCUUGCACACGAUGACUAGUUCAGAGGGCAGACUGUUAUCUGCAAAGAGAAAAAGGGAAGCCAGCACAGGGAGUGAGAGGGAAACAAAACGGCCAUGUGUUGAUAUCCAAGCCACCUCCAGCUCUUCUAUAUUGAACUCGCCUCCAAAGUUUAUCAGACGUGCUUUCCUGAAGUCCUGCAAUGAGUCUGUUAUAACCAUAAAGGAGACAAAUUCCCCUAUAAAACCUUCAGUGUCUGAUAACAAGCCAAAACCGUCAUCCUACCUCCCCAGGCAGCUGUUUUGUGCAGACUCGAACACUCACUCAUCCCAAACUAAACCCCCCGUAAACGCAGAGCCUAAAGAUGCUAUGGUGGCACAUGCCAACAAAAACCCCAAAGCUCCACCUAGUCAGCCACAUUUGCGCAAAGUCUCUCCAAAGUCCAGCAUGACGUUCGAUGGCAUUGAGACACACUUUACUCCAGAUAACUGUGUCUCAAUGGCAGAAAUGAGCAAAAAAACAAAGGGAGAAACCGAAAUAUCUGCUCUCUCCACAAACACCAGCUCUUCAUCUCACUAUAAAGAGAGUGUUACCGGUCGCUCAUCCCCCCAUCAGCAGGAUCUGAGUUCAAGCAGCUUUACGGAGCAAGCAGGCUCAUGUAAGAUGGAACUGGAUGAAAGAGCGCCGUUGAAAGCGGAGCAGUCACGCAGCCCUGAGGCCAUUCCAGCUGUGACGGUGAAAGUAGAAGGAUCAGGAGAACACAAGUUCUGCCCCCAAUGGAAGGAUCCUUUGGAUAUUGAGCUGGGAGAUGAUUGGGACGAUGAGCUGAGAGAACAUUGUGUUAUCAGCCUGAGCAGCAGCAGCAGCAGUCAUGAAGAUGAACAGCUGCCGUCCCUCAAGGAGAUCCUGGAUUGGACUGUGCGUGUGCCGGUUACACCAGAGAAAGAUGCUUUCUCAGAGCCUAACACCCCAGUCCCAAAAGCAGCACCAGAGGCAGUGAAAACCAAAGCCACUAGUUAUAGAAAUACACUGGAGCAGAUGCUGCAAGAAAAGGAGCAAUAUCAGAGGUCAAAAGAGUUGGAGAGACAGUUACUUGAGUCAUGCGAAGAGGAUCUGAUGAAUUUAGAUGAGGAUGAGAACAGUGAAAGUAAAGGCGAAGACAUCUCUCUUGAACACAGGGAAAUUUUGCAAAGGUUCUCGGUGACAUCAUGUGCCAUCAGGGACAUCCAUCCAGGAGAAGAAAUAUUCACACCUGCUAAGUUUGGUCAACUCUUCAACCACAAGACGCUGGACCUGAGGAAGAUUAACGUGACGCCGCACAACAGAUCACAGCAAAUCCUCCUUCAGGCCCGCUCUGAGCAUGUGCUUUCACUGAUCAGUGCUGGCUUGUUGAGGAAAGCCUACUUUUCUUUCCCAUGUCAGCCUGAGGUUACACGCUGGCUUUUUCAGAUGACAUCAGUUCACCCAAACCCUAUCAUUUCAUCACGGAUCAUGCAGUCCCUGCACACUAUCGCUCUUUCUGCUGCUCAGCACAUAGUUGAGCACAAGAGCCAAAGUUUUACUGUCUGGGUUCCCUCAAUACGGGACAUCACUCAGGUUUUUGUGAAUAUGGGGGCAUCGUUCAUCAGUCUUUUCCCUCUGGAUGUCCUGCAGCCCCCUUUUACGGAAGGAGACCUUUUAGAGGACUUCAAGCCGGAGGAAAACAGCCAAGAUAGUGCAAUAUCUGAAAUAAAAGAUGAUGCCACCUUACCAGUGCAUAACUUGGAGAGUGUUCUCAGUUACCUGUCUUUGUGUACUGCGUUAUGUCCGAAAGCGUACACAGAUGAGGAGCUGCUCUUGCUACUGGCAGUGGUGUGCAGAAUUGGACUGGAGACUCAUUUUCAGUUGCUACCAACUGGAAGCUUCAGCCUCCUGCUCCAGAAUGUGCUCAAAAACAUCACGGACUGGGAUGUACAGAUAUCAAAAACUUGCCAGAUCUUGACCGAUUUGUCAGAAGACCAUCACAACCUCAGGAGAAUCGUUUCUAUUCUGCCUGAGAGCAGUCGUGGAAAGCAGUUAAAACGACACUUAAGCGUGUCUAUCAUCUCAAAGCUUUUGAAUCACACCUGCACUUAUAAUCCCCCGGGCACAGAUUUUAAGCUGUCCGAGCUAAAACCUUUCCUACCUCAAAUGCGUCCUUCAUCCCUGCUAAAAGUCCUCAGGUCUGCAAGGGGAAGCGAGGAUUGCAAUACCACCCUAGACCAACAAGCAUAUUACCUCUGCUACAGCCUUUUGACUUUGACGAAUGAAGCCUCCAAUUUUGAGUUCUUACCCUCAGCCCAGAGAAACGAUCUGCGCUGUCUUUCUUCUCUGCUGGAGAAGCACAUUAAGUGUGACAUAAGGGAGAGCGAGAAAAUGCUGUACAGGAGCAAGGUGAAAGACUUUGUUGCAAGAAUAUACACCAAGUGGCAGGUUCUUCUCACUAGGACGAGGCCUCAAGAGGGUAUGCUGUAUGAUUACUGGAAGCCUCCUCCAGAAGAUGAGCUGCCCAGCAGUCCUCAAGACCAGACCUGCAUCAAAGCACAAGACCCUCAGGAGAGUCCAGAAGAAGCUCAGACAGCAGAGUGGAGCAGUUCAGAGUCUGAAGAAGAUGACCAGAGCAAAGAGGAAGAGGAGGAGGGCUGGCUGAAAGACCCUGAUAAUCCUCAACCUCUGGAGAACCAGGUGAAGAUGGAACAAAGCGCUGAUGACUGUGUGGAGGACGUCAGUGAUGCUGAGGAGGAAAGCGACGUGCCAAAGCAACAGCUGGAGGAGUUUGAUAUCUCUGGAGCAUUGGAGGACAUAUCUGAAGAAGAGCUGUUUGAGGAUUAUGAAGAUCUCCUAAAUGAGGAGGAGAAGCAGCUUCUUAAAGAUGAUGUAGACAGAAAGCACAGACCUGUGGAAGAGGCAUCACAGCAGAUUGAGGACUUGUUAGCCAAACAUAAAGACACAUUAGAGAUGAAGGAUGGGAUGCGUUUGGAUACAUUCAUUUAACAUUCUCAGGUCAUUUUGAGAAAAUUUUACACAGCACCUUUGAUACCAUUUAUGCAUAAUACGCACAGUAUGUAAGGUUUUUGCGCAUUUGUGUAUUGUUAUACAGCCUUUGAGUAACACACGUGAUGCUUGUUUACAUCUUGUUUAUAAUAUAUGUAAUAUACCUGUUGUCCUUAAUUUUUUAAAAAGCAUUCCUCUCUUUUAAGAUGUCUUAUUGAGGGUUCAGACUGUGUUUUUUCCCCUAAAGCAAUAUAUUAUACAUACAUUUAAUUAAUUAGAACUUCUAACUUUUUUUGAAGCGGUUAAUGUGCAUGCACUGGUCAUUUUCAGGAUCUGUUCUAUAUGCUGCUGUCUAAUAUAUUACAUUAAUUCUUUUUUACUUUACCAAAAAAUACCCACGAUUUUUAACCAAGCGACGUUAAUUUAACAGCAACACUUUAAUGCAAAUACUGCAUUAAGUAAGGGCUUAAAUCAUAUCAAUUCACAGCUUUUCUUCUAGUUUGCAUCCCGCCAAGUUUGAGUAAAGACUAUUUUAUUAUUUUGUUGUUAGCAUUAGCUAGAAUAUCAAUUCUUUAAAAGGAAUAAAAUGUAAAUAAUGUGAGGUUUUCAUGCCGAUUACAUAAAAAUAUUCUGUUUAUAAAAAG